AUGAAGCACAACACUAGGGCGGCACUCGAAAAGGGGCCUGGUCGGUCCUCUAGUGAUGCAAUUGAUCUUUCUGACAGUGAGGAUAAGAGGGACCUGAGUUCUCCAGAAGUGGAGCGUUUUGUGGAGUCCAUGCUCCGUAUGGAGAAGUCCAAGGGGGAUGAUACAAAAAGCCUGAAGAGCUCGAAGAGAAAAGACUCUGGCAGCAAGCGCAAGAGAAGAAGAAGCUCCAAAAUCAAGAAACCAAAGUUGGGAGACGUGGACGAGCCCAAGGAGGCAGAGGAGGACUUGAAGGAGACUGAGGCAGAACUCAAAGAAGAGCUCGAGCGGGGACUCGUUCCUGAAGCUGCUGUUGAGUCGUCCUCGGAAGAGGAAAUAACUAUCGUUGAGGAGAAGGAGCUGCUGCCUCGACAGUUGCGCAGAAGGAGAGCUUCACUGGGUCUGAAUAACACGCCCAAGAAGGUUAAGAUUGCAGAGGAAGUCAAAUCCGAGAAACUAUUUGAGAGUUCGAGCUCCUCUGACGAAGAGGAAGCCGAAGUCAAGGAAGAGGAAGCACAGGUCGACGAGACGGGUUUCAGCUCUGGCACAGAUCCAGAUGUGAGCUAUGACACCGAAGAAGUCAAGCCCAGAGUCAAUGGCUCAAGGGCUCGCAAGACCCGCCAUUCUUUGAGAAGCAAGGCUCAGGAAAAGCUGAAUCCGGACGACCCAAUUGACGUGGAUGAAGAGGUCAGUACGAGUGAAGAGUCCCAGGACGACAUCAUGGAGGAACCUGCCGUGAUUGAAAUUGCGAGCGACAGCGACAAUGAAGGCGACGAGGAACUCAAACCUGUCCCUCACACAACCUCUGAUGGGCCUCGCUCUCAAAUCCAGCUUCUUUCGAAUUUCAGCCAUGAGCUCUUGUCCCUGCCCACAGACCCUGACAUUAAUACUGACACUGUGAGUAUACAUGAGCUUUUAGGUGCAGAGGAUUUGACGGAAACAGUCCAGUUCAACUUCAAUGUUGAUAUAGACUACUUUUUGACUUUCUUUCACCCGAACUUCAUCAAGAAGCGCAAUAAGAUAACGUUUAUCACUGGCACUCCGUUCCUUUCGUCUCACCCAAAGCAGAAGGAGAUCAAAGAGAAGUACGACAUCAGCGAGAUUAUUGCAAACCUUCCCAACAAAUUUGCUUCUCAUCAUACGAAGAUGAUGGUGAACUUUUUUGCUGCUGGUGCUGUCGAGAUUGUGAUAAUGACCGCUAAUAUUACGCAGUUAGAUUUCAACGGUCUCACUCAAGCGUGUUGGAGAUCAGGAAAGCUCUACCCUGGUAAGACGGAGGGGUUGACCGGAAAACGUUUCAGGUUGGAUCUCAUGCGCUACCUAGCGAGAUAUAAACAAGACGUCACCAACAGCUUACUCAAGAAGCUCGAUCAUCUCGACUACAGUGCAGUCACCGUAGAGCUCGUCGCAUCGGCUCCAGGCACUUACAAUAUCGAGGAUGUGCCAAAAGGCGAUAUUUAUGGAUUUGGGAAGCUCAGGCAGGUUCUCGAACGAAACGAUCUCCUCCUAGAUUCCGAGGAAGGAACUCACAACAUCUUGGCGCAGGUCACCUCGUUAGCGUAUCCUUUCAAAAGUGCAAAGGGCGAGACCGCAUCGGUGUUCAGUCAUCUUCUUUGCCCUCUUUUCUUCAAAGAGUGGGAGAAAGACCUUUCGCCUGGUGCUUAUGCUUUUGAAGAACAUCAAGCAAAUUUUGACUACCAGCCUCAUAUUGUGUUUCCGACAGUUGACGAUAUCAGGCACAGCAAUUUUGGCUACAUGACGGGCUCCGCUAUUCACUUCAAAUAUCAAGACUCUGCUACUCACAAAGCCCAAUACGAACAAAACAUCAAGCCGUAUUUGCGCAAGUGGAAUCAUAGCGAACGCAAAACUGGUCGUGAAUUGAUUCCUCCUCAUGUCAAGUAUUACGCAGUUGACAACGCUGACGGGUGGAAAUCUCUAAAAUGGGUACUCAUCGGAAGCCAUAAUCUUUCAAAACAGGCCUGGGGAGCUCCAAAAGCUCGUUCAGGUGGAAAUCUUUACGAAGUGUCGAGUUAUGAACUCAGUAUUUUGAUCCCCGAAAAAGAGAAGCCACUCGUGGCGACUUACAAAAGAGACACGGAUAAAAAUGCUGGAAAGCAGCCUGUGCGGUUUCCUUUCUCGUUACCUCCCACGCCAUAUGGUGCUCACGACAAGCCAUGGAGUCCAACCAUGCACAUCAAGAAAGUAACCGUGCAAGGCUUCAAGACCUUUAAAGCCACAACGGUAGUGGACGACUUGCUGCCAGAAUUCAACGUGGUGGUUGGCAGAAACGGCUCAGGAAAGUCCAACUUCUUCGCUGCCAUCAGAUUCGUCCUUCUGGAUGCGUACACACACAUGACUCGUGAGGAGCGUCAGGGUCUUAUUCACGAAAGCUCAGGAACCGUAAUGCUGGCUUUUGUCGAGAUUGUGUUUGAUAACUCGGACAAGAGGUUCCCUCUUCCUCAUGAAGAGGUAGCUAUUCGCAGAACCAUCGGUUUGAAAAAAGAUGAUUACUCGCUAGAUGGAAAGCUAGUGACGCGUUCCGAUGUGAUGAACUUGCUCGAGAGCGCCGGAUUCUCAAGACUGAACCCUUACUAUAUCGUACCUCAGGGAAGAAUCACCUCCAUCACAAACUCGAGAGACUCCGAAAGAUUGAACUUGUUGAAGGACGUGAGUGGCGCCAAAGUGUUCGAGGCCAAGCUCAAGGAGUCGUCCAAAGAAAUGGCGAAUUCCGAUUUCAAGAUGCAGCGCAUCAAUGAAGCUAUGGAAAGGCUUGAUGACAAGAUAGCAGACUUGGCCAUCGAACUGAAUGAUUUGAAGGAAUUCCAAUCUCUCGAAAGCAAUAGGAAAGUUCUAGAGUUCCACUUAUUUGAUCGCGAGUUGAACAGUCUCAACGCCCAGAAUGAGAAUCUCGACGAAACCUACAGCGCCUUGCUAGCUCAAACGAGGAAGGACUUGGAGGAUAUUGAGACCAGAGAGAAGCUUUGUGAGGAUCUUCAGAGCAAAAUCAAGAGCACACGUCAUGCCAUCACAUUGGCUACUUUAGAGAAGCAGCAGGCUGAUUCUGACUAUUAUCGUCUACUCCAAGACAUCGGUGUAAAGGAAGCAAAUGAAAAGGAGCUUGAGCUGAAUCUUGGAAAUGCACAAAACGAGGCUCAAGAACAUGCUCAAAAACGUGAAAAGUAUGCUGCCUUGCUCCAAGAACACGAGGAGACUAUUAAUUCACAGCUUAAGCCUCAACUAGAUGAAUUGCUUGAGAACGAGGCACGACUCAAGGAGGAGAUCAACAAGCUCGGCGCACAACAGGCAGCUCUUUACUCUAAGCUGAACAGAUUUAAGAGCUUUUCCGACAAGAAAAGCCGAGACAAAUGGCUCAAGGAUGAAUUGAAGGCACUCAAGGAGCAACUUGUCAAGAAACGUCUGCUUCAUCAAAAGGCUGUUGAGGAACACAGAGAUCUCGAGAAGAAAUUCGAGGAGGUGAAGCAACUUGUCAAAGAAAGCAGGCGCUCCUCUGACGAAAGUGCUAGCCAAAUGGCAAACAGGAGUAUCGUCACGGAAGUGAGCAAGACCAAAGCUUCUCUCGCGGAUCUUACAGAAAAGCGGAAAGCUCUCUGGAGAGAGGAUAUCAAACUUCGAUCCCUACAUGAAGCUACUGAAUUGGAGCUUUCUGACGCUAAUCACAAGGUGAGUCUGACAAUGGCUCGUUCCCAAGCGGAGGGAUUGAGAGAAGUGCAGAAUAUUACUGAACGUCUCAACUUGCAAGGAUCUGUGUAUGGCCCGCUUUCUGACUUGUUUGUUGUGUCCGAUAAGUACAAAACUGCAGUUGAAGUAAUUGCAGGUGCUUCCUUGUUCCAUGUUGUCGUCGACAACGACGACACAGCUCUGAUCAUAAUGAAGGAGUUACAGAGAUUGAAGAAGGGUAGAGUGACCUUCAUGCCUCUCAAUAGGAUCUACACUCCGCCAAUUUCCUUCCCAAGUCAAGAGGAACAAGACUUCAUCCCUCUUAUAAAGAAGAUUAGACAUGACGAGGACUUGGUCGGAAAAGCUAUUGAGCAUGUGUUUGGCCGUGCUAUCGUAUGCAAGGACCUCCAUCGUGGCGCUGAACUAGCUAGAUUGCACAAACUUACUGCAAUCACAUUAGAUGGUGACAGAGCAAGCAAUCAGGGUGUGAUGACCGGUGGUUUCAGAGAAUACAAAAAUUCAAGGCUUGAUGCACUCAGAAGUCAGACUAAGAAGAGAAAUGAGCUUAAAAGACUACUGGAAGAGAUUAAGACAUGCUCCAAGAAACUACUGGAUGUUGAUAAAGAUAUCACUGAUUGUAAUGCCAAAUUAGAUGGCCAAGUGAACGAGUUGAACACGUUGAAGUUGGAUCAUGAGAGAAGAAAGGGCGAGUUGAGUCAACAUCUUAACAAUAAGUUUUUGAUUGAGAAAAUGGUAUUGACUGCUAAUAGAGAAGUUUCCAACAUCACCAACAGUCUUGGAUCCAUUGAUGCCAAAAUUGUGCAAUACCAGGAUGAGCUUAAAUCUCCGUUCACCGAUCAAUUGAGUGUUUCUGAAGCCAAAAAACUUGAGGAUCUCAACAGCAGUCUUGACGCUCUCGAACGUCAACUUGAUCAGGUUGUCUCUGAGACUUCGCUGAAGGAGACUGAAAUCGCCAAGCUCGAAGCUCAGUGCGCCAAUUGGAACUCACACAUAGCUGUCGAGUUCAAUGAAUUCAGCGAACGUGAAAAGAGCAUAGAGCUUGCUAGCUUGCAGAAGGAGCUCGGAUCGUUACGUUCUAGAGUGUCAGCGGCGAAACGCAAUUGUGACAAGAUUGGCAAAGAUUUGGAGAAGCAGGAAACAAAGCUCACAGAACUUCAAAGUAAUCUUCAGGAAGCUAACCAGGAGCAGGGUUCACUGGUGAAGCGCCUCGAAAAGUUGAGCAAGAAGACGGAGGGCAUUCACUCUAAGAAGUCGAUUCUUGACACCAGAAGGAAGGAGCUUCAGGCGAAGGUGGGUAAUCUUGGAGUCUUGCCAGAGGAGGCUUUUGAGGAUGCUAAGUUUGAAGAACGUUCUCUGGACGAUCUUCUUGCAGAACUCAAUUCAGUGAAUGGGGAUCUCAAGAAGUACUCACACAUCAACAAAAAGGCGUUGGAGCAAUUCAACACGUUCAAGAAGGAACAGGAAGAUCUUGUGGCUAGGAAAGAGGAUAUGGAGAAAUCGAAAGAGUCGAUUGAGAAGCUUAUUGAAUCAUUGAGCCAGCAAAAACACCAUGCUAUUUUGAACUGCUUCAAGCAGGUGUCGAAGAGCUUCCACGAGAUAUUUGAAAAGCUAGUGCCUAAUGGAACAGGAGAGUUGGUUAUGCAGAAGAAGGAUGGAGUCACUGACGAGCAGUCGCCAGACUUAUAUCGUGGCGUGGCGCUUACCGUUUCUUUCAACUCCAAGAGCGAUGAACAACAGCACAUUGAGCAAUUGUCGGGCGGCCAGAAAUCUCUUUGUGCUAUUGCACUCAUUCUCGCCAUCCAGAGAUGUGACCCGGCUCCAUUCUACUUAUUCGAUGAGAUUGAUGCCAACCUCGAUACCCAAUACCGAACCGCUGUGGCCAACAUGAUCAAAGCCUUAUCACGGGAUGCUCAAUUUAUUUGCACCACAUUCAGACCAGAAAUGCUUCAGGUGGCCGACAAUUUCUACGGCGUAUCGUUUGCCGAUCAGGUAAGCACCAUUACGGGCAUCGAGCGUGCCGAGGCACUUCUGUUUGUGGAGGGCCAGCGUUAA